UAUCUCUAUAUAUAUACGCACGCAUACAGAGAGAAAUACAGAGUGGGAGUUUGGUGGAUCACACACUGUAGCUCUCAAACGGCGAUGGCGGCUCGUAGAAUCACUUCGCUUCUUACUCGUUCCUUGCUUUCUUCUUCUCACUCGUCCUCUCCUCUUCGGUUGCUCGCCGGCGGUGGGAAUUCCAUUUUGGCCGGAGGAAUUCAUCGAUUCAGCACAGCUGCGGCGGUUGAGGAGGCGAUUAAGCCGCCUGUCAGUGUAGAACACACUCAACUUCUUAUCAAUGGACAUUUUGUUGAUUCAGCUUCUGGCAAAACUUUUCAGACUAUUGAUCCCAGGACAGGCGAGGUGAUUGCAAAUGUUGCUGAAGGUGAUGCAGAAGACAUUGACCGAGCAGUGUGUGCUGCUCGUAAGGCAUUUGAUGAAGGACCGUGGCCGAGAAUGACAGCUUAUGAAAGAUCGAAGAUAUUGCUGCGUACUGCUGAUCUGAUUGAAAAGCAUAAUGAUGAAAUUGCAGCACUCGAGACUUGGGACAAUGGCAAGCCAUAUAUUCAGUCUGCUAAAAUCGAAGUGCCAAUGCUUGUGCGCCUAAUCCGCUAUUAUGCUGGAUGGGCUGAUAAAAUCCAUGGCAUGACUGUCCCUGCUGAUGGACCAUAUCAUGUUCAAACUUUGCACGAGCCAAUUGGUGUUGCUGGGCAAAUUAUCCCUUGGAACUUUCCUCUUCUCAUGUUUGCUUGGAAGGUUGGGCCAGCAUUAGCAUGUGGCAACACCGUUGUUAUGAAAACAGCUGAACAGACUCCAUUGUCUGCGCUUUAUGUUGCAAAGCUAUUCCAUGAGGCUGGGCUGCCUCCAGGUGUUCUAAAUGUUGUUUCUGGUUUUGGUCCCACAGCUGGUGCCGCUCUUAGCAGUCAUAUGGAUGUGGAUAAGCUUGCUUUCACAGGAUCAACAGCAACAGGGAAGGUUGUGCUUGAAUUAGCUACCAGAAGCAAUCUUAAACCUGUGACUUUGGAACUUGGCGGAAAAUCUCCUUUUAUUGUUUGUGAGGAUGCUGAUGUUGAUAAGGCCGUUGAGCUAGCCCACUUUGCUCUGUUCUUCAACCAGGGACAAUGUUGCUGUGCUGGAUCUAGGACAUAUGUCCAUGAGAGUGUCUAUGAUGAAUUUGUGGAGAAAGCAAAGGCACGUGCUUUAAAACGUGCAGUUGGUGAUCCAUUCCUGGCAGGUACAGAACAAGGUCCUCAGAUUGAUUCGGAACAAUUUGAAAAGAUCCUGAAGUAUAUUAGACUCGGCGUUGAAGGUGGAGCUACACUUGAAGCGGGAGGCGAUAGACUAGGUACCAAGGGCUACUACAUUAAGCCAACAGUUUUCUCCAAUGUCAAGGAUAAUAUGUUGAUAGCAAAGGAUGAGAUCUUUGGUCCAGUACAGUCGAUCUUGAAAUUCAGUGAUCUUGAUGAUGUGGUCCGGAGAGCAAAUGCCUCCCGGUAUGGUCUAGCUGCAGGAGUCUUCACACAGAACAUUGACACUGCAAACACUUUGACCCGAGCAUUGAGAGUGGGGACUGUAUGGAUUAACUGCUUCGACACCUUUGAUGCAGCGAUUCCUUUCGGUGGAUAUAAGAUGAGUGGACAAGGAAGAGAAAAGGGAGAAUACAGUCUCAAGAACUACUUGCAGGUUAAGGCGGUUGUGACGCCAUUGACAAACCCUGCAUGGUUAUGAUCAUCCUCUCAUGAUCAAUAAAGAGAUGAGCCGUAUCAAACAUUGUUUCAAUAACGAUGAUGAUGAUAGUGUUAUCUUGCCCCUGUUUCUAUAUUACCUUUGUUUCUUGAGUAUACUCAGUAAAGACUCCUUCAGUGACAUAUUUUACAGUCUCUUACUGGAAUGUUACUAGUUCUUGUGCAUGUUUGCUUCUUUGAUGCUCGCUUUGUACAGCCUAUACUUUGCUAUGUUUUGGUUGAAUCUAUUGUGUUUCACUCCUAUUGCUUCAUAAA